AUGCGUCUCGCACACCGUCUCCUCAUGGCCACGCCGGCCUCAAUCGGCUCCAAAUCCAGCCUCAGCGAAGCCCUCGCCCUCCUCCCCCCGCUGCAGCUCUACCGGCGCAUCCUGCGCGUGCAUCGCAAGCUUGACCCGGAGCUGCGCAUUUUGGGCGACUCAUACGUGAAGAAGGAGUUCCGGGCGCAUAAGACUGCGGAGAACCCAUUGCAUAUUAUCGGGUUCUUGACGGAGUGGCAACUCUACGCACAAAAAUUGGAGGGUGAUAACUGGGCUGGAGAAAAACUGGAUAAGUCCAAAUUGGACAAGCUGAAUGACCAACAAAUCGGUCAACUAUUUGAGUUGAUGCAGGCUAUCAAAAACCCCGACAGCGAAGGUGAGAACCAAUAA